ACUCGGCGCAGCGCCGGCACCGUGGGGGGAGCAGAUCAGCUUGCCUUUGCGCCUUUCCCAUACCCUUUCCCACCAGCUGGGAAACCCCGGGCGGGGGCAACCUCUUCCCCUCCCCCGCCGCCGCCCCGCGGGAUGGGCGGCCGUGCCCGGUGGGCUGCGGGGCAGCGCGGAGCCGAAGCGCAGAGAUCUUAAUGAAAUAGCGAUCAAAGAAACAGCUGGGACUUCAACAUGACUUUCCAUGUGGAGGGGCUGGUGGCCAUAGUUGUAUUCUACCUGGCAAUCCUAGCAGUUGGAAUAUGGGCUGCUUGGAAAACCAAGAACACCAGCAGCGAAGGGGAUCGCAGCGAAGCUAUUAUAGUUGGUGGAAGAGACAUUGGCUUGCUAGUUGGUGGAUUUACAAUGACUGCCACAUGGGUUGGAGGAGGUUACAUCAAUGGCACUGCAGAAGCUGUGUAUGUCCCGGGCUAUGGUCUAGCUUGGGCUCAGGCACCUAUCGGAUACUCUCUUAGUCUGGUCUUAGGUGGCCUUUUUUUUGCAAAACCCAUGAGAUCCAAAGGCUAUGUGACAAUGCUAGACCCUUUCCAGCAGCUUUAUGGAAAAAGGAUGGGAGGGCUACUGUUUAUUCCAGCUUUAAUGGGAGAAAUGUUCUGGGCUGCUGCCAUCUUCUCUGCCUUAGGUGCCACUAUAAGUGUGAUCAUUGACAUUAAUGUCAAUAUUUCAGUUGUUGUUUCUGCCCUGAUUGCAACUAUGUACACGCUUAUGGGUGGGCUUUAUUCUGUGGCCUACACCGAUGUAGUUCAGCUCUUCUGCAUCUUCCUGGGACUGUGGAUUAGCGUACCCUUUGCGAUGUCCCAUCCUGCAGUGACAGACAUUGGGCUCACAGCUGUGCACCACGUGCACCAAGCACCUUGGCUUGGAUCUAUCAACUCACUUGACAUUUACACAUGGCUAGACAAUUUCCUUUUACUGACAUUAGGAGGAAUUCCAUGGCAAGCAUACUUCCAGCGAGUUCUUUCCUCAUCUUCUGCCACAUAUGCCCAAGUUCUGUCAUUUCUGGCUGCUUUUGGCUGUCUUGUAAUGGCUCUUCCUGCAGUACUCAUUGGUGCAAUUGGAGCAUCUACAGCCUGGAACAACACUGCGUAUGGUAGCCCUGACCCCAUGGCUAAUAAAGAAGCAGAUAUGAUUUUACCAAUUGUGCUCCAAUACCUUUGCCCAGUUUAUAUCUCAUUCUUUGGCCUCGGUGCUGUAUCUGCUGCUGUGAUGUCAUCAGCUGACUCUUCAAUCUUAUCAGCAAGUUCUAUGUUUGCUCGGAACAUCUACCAGCUUUCCUUUCGUCAAAAUGCUUCAGACAGGGAGAUUGUGUGGGUCAUGAGAAUCACUAUUUUGCUGUUUGGAGCAUCAGCGACAGCAAUGGCACUGCUAGCUUCAUCAGUGUAUGGCCUGUGGUACCUCAGCUCUGACCUUGUUUAUAUCAUCAUAUUCCCCCAGCUCCUGUGUGUUUUAUUUAUUAAAGGAACCAACACCUACGGUGCCAUUGCAGGAUACUUAUUUGGCCUUGUUCUCAGAAUAACUGGAGGAGAACCAUACCUUUACCUUCAGCCCUUGAUCUGCUAUCCUGGCUGCUAUCCUGAUGAAAACAAUGUCUAUAACCAGCGAUUCCCAUUUAAAACACUUGCUAUGCUUACCUCCUUCUUUACUAACAUUCUGGUCUCCUACUUAGCCAAAUACUUAUUUGAGAGUGGGACUUUGCCACCAAAGCUGGACUUCCUUGAUGCUGUGGUUGCCAGGUACAGUAGGGAACACAUGGACAAAGCAACUCUCGUAAAAAGUGACAAUAUUGUAUUAAAUGAACUUGCACCUGUGAAUCCACGGCACAGUCUGACUUUGAGCUCAACUUUCACAAACAAGGAAGCCUUCAAUUACGUUGAUUCAAGUCCAGAGCUGUCCAACACUGAAGAUAAUUAAAAAAUCUGGUAACCACAAGCAAAGCAAUGCGAAGCAGGAUAUUCUACAAAGAAUAGUAAGAGGCAUUUUAUCAGAAGAAAAGCAAGAAUUGAGAAUAAAAUGCCACUGCACAAUUCUUUAAGUUGUUUCUAGAAGCAGGAGCAUCCCAUGUGAGAAACUCUUUUCUGUUAUUACCUAACAUGAUCCCAUUCUUUCCACUCAGAUCUAUAUACAGUGCAAUUUAAAAAAAAUAUUUACAAUUGAAAAUAUAUAUAGCAGAAAAAGUGCAACAGUUAUUUAGCCAAGACAAGAGAUUAUAAUACAGUCACUCUGAAAUACUAUCAGUUAACAUUUUAUUGACAUUAACUGGAAACACAUUGUCACAGCUAUAAGUGAUUUAUGACUAAAGAGCUAGUUGCUUGAGCAAAGACAGGUAAUUAACUUCCUUGGAGUUUUGAUCUGGUUGAUUUUUUCUUCAAAAAGAAAUUCAAAUGAUACAAAUCUAGUAUUUUGUUAUUGUAUAAGACAGCAAAACAUGCAAACAGUAAUGAAUUUCUUACAGGACUGCUAAAACUCAUGUAUUGAUUAAAAAAAGAUUGAAGUCAUCAGUUUAAAGUGAUGUUAUACCUAAUGCAAGAUGAUGUUAAGCAAAUUGUGUUACUCUAGGUGUUCUUUUUUUCCUGUGAUUAGUGGCUGUCACCAAUGGAGGAUAAAAAAAAAUUUAAAGCAAUAAUUGUAGUUGAAACUCGGCUUGUGAAAAAUUACAGAACUCUUAUAAACUAAGUAUAACUUUUCCACGUGGAGAAAAGAAACCUUUUCUUGACUUAUCAUCAAAAUGAACACUGAGCAAAGCAGUCUGACACCAAGCAAUUGCAGCAGUGGAACAAAUAUUAAAAAGUAAGGAGGCCUGAAUAAACAGAUGAGAGGGUUUUUCCUAGGGAAAUUUCCCAUUUUUCACUUAAGAAAAAGGUAUUCUCAAAGUAAUCAAAAAAGUCUUUCCACAGCAGUGUCUACCUCCAAAAGUGUCAGCAGCUUGGAGGGGAACUGAAAGGAAAGUCGAACCCACAAAGUCAAAGACACGGCAGUGUCUUCUACUAAAUACUGGACUCCUUCAUUAACAGCUGUCCUCCUGGAUCGUUACGGUGACUCUGCAGAGCACCAACACUGACGAGGUACAGAUGAGGCAUCCUUCAUGGCAAUUCUGGCCAGAAGCAGCAAAGCAGGGAGCUGAGACCUCCUCUGACUCUGCUCUGGCCUGCAAGGAACACACAGUGUCAUUUCCAUUUGCCCACAGCCAAGAUGAUUGUCCCCAUUGGU